GUCAUUAUUAUUCCAGAAAGGAAGCGAUUGAUAGCAAAACGAAUUGCUUCGAAGGUCAGAGAAUUUGUCUAGGAUAGCAAGAUGUCCUCGGAAAAUCAGCGCAGGCUCCCAAUUACCAUUUUACCCCCCAAAGUUGCUACGGAACCGGCUCAACCUGCUACAUUCAUCUUCUUGCAUGGCUAUGGUUGGUCCGCCGAUCAGUUCAAUCAGCAUCCUCCCAAUAGAUUAUCUGUCGCACAUCAUGUCCACAAGUCGCCCAUACUUCAAAAUGUCAAGGUCGUUAUCCCAGAAGGUCUGGCAAACAUUUGGCCUUCUCCCGGAAAGCAUACCUGGUAUAAUAUUGAUCAGCCUGUCCCUUCAGCUGGGGAUCCUUUAAAAACCGAUGAAUUUGGACAGCAUCAAUCUAAUGUGCGCGAUAUUGAAGUUUCACUUGAUUAUUUUGAACAUCUCAUUGAUAUAGAGGUUGCAACGGGUACGCCUGCGAACAGAAUCGUAUUCAUGGGAGAUAGUCAGGGUGCUUCGAUCUUGUAUUUGUUUUUGCUCACUAGAAAAAAGGCUGCGGACGUUGCAGCUAUCAUCACAUGGGCCGGGUUCUCCGCGACGCCGCUGGAAACAAUAGCACAGAUGCGCGAAAAGAAUGGACUGUCCGAAAGUUGGGCAAAGAAGACACGGUUGUAUAUGCUGCACGGAAGAGAGGACGUCUUCGUCCCUUUGUCUAGAUCCAAAGCUCUCGCAACUGUGCUUGACCAAUAUCGUGCCCGUGGUCAAGGUUUCGCCACUCUUGAGUGGGUGGUUCUUGAUGGCUUGCGUCAUUCCUUGGUUGAACCUGUUUGGCCUAAUGUUCGACAGAUUUUGGAGCACCUCUUAACAGAGAAAGAGUCAGCAUCAAAGCUGUGAAGCUAGAUAUAACAUUCCUGUGAUAUUCAUAUAUGAUUUUAUCGUCCUCUACAAUUUUUGACUUGUUAUCAAUUUUCAUGCCAAGGCUGAGUGCAAAACCAUACAUACAAGGACGUAUUCGCGCGACGGAGCAAUUUAUCUGUAUUGGAGCUCGAUGCAAAAUAGAAAUAGGAACGAAAGGAUAGGCAAAAAAAAAUUGGGAAGAGAAUAGUGAAUAGUAGAAAAGGGGAUCAGAUAAUAUUAAUUGUUUGAACAAAGGUAUGGAUGAAUGGCGAGGAGCGGUCGAACACAAGAAGUAGUGGUAGAAUUUUCAUUGGACAAAGACUUAAUAAUGAAACAAAGAUAUAAGGAAUUCAGAUGAAUGCUGAGGAUGAGGACGAACUUUUAAAUUCAACCCCACAGGGGAACCAACGGCAUAGUACGCACUAGUUCUUAUUAAGGUGUUUCGAUUUUCAUACGUUGAUGUGCAAGCAGCCUGUUAACUGACUCGGCCAAGGUGUAAGGUUGUCGAUUUGGUGUAGAGAUAUCUUCUCAACUGCGGUACAUAUAUUGCUAAAGCGAUACAAUGUCAUGAGUGAAUUUCA